AUGUCCUUCAAACCCAACGGAGAAGUCUCCGUUCCAGACUUGGGUGCAGAUAAAAUCUGGCGAAUCGUAAAUGACGGUGCUCCCGGCAAAUUCAGAGAAAAGACCUCCACGUUGACUGCUCAACGUACACCCGAGGCGCCUAACGGUGCAACCCUGCCUCUUCUUGCUAAUGUUUCUGUUGUGCCGGCCAAUCCCCUCAAAGGAAGCUCUUUCGCUGCAGCUGAGAUCCUCAUCUCCACUCCGGCUAAACAAACACGAGUAACCGCAAUAUCUGGACGACGAUCAAUAGCAAGGUCGGAUUCUGUACCCAAUCAACCGACAAGGGCACUAGGGUUUAGGAUGCAGAUACAGUGUGCCAAGAUCUUGGAUAUUUGA